UCCGCUUCCACCGGCCGAGCAGUAACACGGAUCGGAUCGAAUCAAAUUAGCGAAAAUUGGAUCGGAAUGAGCUAUAACAACGUGAUCUGCACAAUCUGUUCGGAGCGGUAUCGCGCCUCGGACAACAUAUUCGCCGGCUUCUGUGGGCACGCCUUCCACGAGGAGUGCCUGGACCGCUGGCGGGAGCAAUCAAAAACUUGCCCCAUUUGCCGCCGCGAAGAUCCCAGAUACUUUCAGCUUUUUCUGGACUUUGAGGUGGCGCCUGAAAGCCGAUCGCCGCAGGGUGGCAUCGAGAGUGGGAGCGGGCGAAAUCGGAGCCAAGGUCACAGCGACAGCAGGCGCAGCAGCAGCAGCAACAACAGCAGCGGCAACAACAGCAGCAGCAACAGCACCGCCAGCAGUACCAGCGAAUAUGCGGGAAUUAUGAGGGAGUACGAAAAUCUGCUCUACGAGACGGGGGUGUACCAGGAUGAGAUCGAAUAUCUAAACGAGCGGAUCGGAGCACUCACCCUCCGCAAUUCCCAGCUCAGCGGGUUGCAAGGAGAAUUGGAUUCGGAUGUUGAUUAAAAGCGGCAUAGCCACUGCCCACAAACAAACAAGAGGUCCGCUGUAAACAUUGGUUAUCGCAUACCCAGGCGACAGCCGAUCGAACCCAAGCCUCAAACACUAUUGGGACAGAUACAGAUAAGCAAGACUCAGAAGGCUGAUGUAAACAAAAGAGGCGAAAGAACAAUAGAGCCAAUUCAUAUGCUAUAAUUCGCAUAAUAACGUUAGAGACAGGGAGAAAGCUAGUAAAUAUAUCCUAACAAUAUAUAGUAAACUAAAUAAAAUGAUAAGAAAAAA